AUGAACGAAUUAUUCGCCCGUCGUCCGGCGAGUUUCGACGACUGCACCGACAUCACCGCCCUCUGCCCCGUCGAAGCCACAGUCCUGGGCUACGUUCCUAACAAAGGAUCCAGCAUCUUCUUCACGAUUUGCUUUGCGCUGUUGUUCUUCUCUGCUGUGGGAUUGGGCGUUUGGAAGCGAACAUGGACGUAUGCGGCGACUCUUGGAGCGGGUUUGCUCCUUGAGGCUAUUGGUUAUAUCGGACGUAUCCAAAUGGACCCAAACCCAUGGAAAUCAUCAGCUUUCCAGACUCAAAUAUGCUGCAUCAUCAUCGCCCCGACCUUCAUAUGCGCCGCUAUUUACCUCACCCUCAAGCACGUCGCUCUCGCACUCAGCCCGUCCCUCUCACGGGUCCAUCCUCGCUGGUAUCCUCGCAUCUUCCUCCCUGCCGACCUGUCAUGCCUCAUCAUUCAGGCUAUCGGCGGUGGUGUCGCAGCAGCAGCCAAACGCAACCAACCUGACCUCGCCAAGAACGGUAACAGGACCAUCGUCGCCGGUGUCGUUCUCCAGGUUAUUGUCCUUCUCGCCUUUGGCACCAUGGGCACCGACUACUUCCUCCGAGUGAAGAAGUACAUGCACAGUCCCGAGGUAGCCCCUGAGUCGCUUCGCGUAUGGCAGGACAAGAAGUUUCGACUCUUUACUUACGCCGUGUCUGGCGCUUACCUGGCCAUUCUCACUCGUUGUAUCUACCGAAUUGCCGAAAUGGCUGGCGGUUGGGGCAACCACAUCAUGCAGGACGAGCCCAGCUUCCUCGUACUCGAUAGCUCCCUUGUUCUGGUUACCGGAUUUCUCUUGACUGCCUUCCACCCGGGCCUGUUCUUCCCCCAGAUGGCCGUUGACAUGCGACGAAAGAAGAAGACAACUGAGGCUGAGACUCCCGCUGAAUCUUCCAGUGAGGAGAGAAAGAUUGAAAAUUCAUCCUCUUAA